AUGGAGAACGUCGAUUUUGGAAAUUUAAAGCCAUAUUUGAUUACCGAAGCAGAUGCUACUGAUGUUUUGAACUUUAUUUUCGCUGAUUUUCUGUUAAACGAACCGCACAGUGCUGCUAUUGAACUUGAAUCUAAAGAUGCUACGCCAAUAUUUGAAGGGUUUAUAAAAGCCGCAAUCAAGUCAAAAAUAUCCUAUGCUUUAAGAAAUCAAAAUAUGGAAGUUGUUGCCGUACGAUUAUCUUAUAUUGUUCAUCGACCAACCCCAGAAAAACCCGCAGAAGACGUCUUUGAUUGCAGCAAACUUACACCGAAGUCGAAGAUAAUUGUUGAUCUGUUAGACAAACUUGAAAAAAAGAUAUGGACGUCUGUUCCCAAAAACAUCAACAAAUUAUUGUAUUUAGCAGUAAUUUCGGUACAUCAAAAUUAUCGACGGCGUGGUUUAGCCUAUAAAUUAAUGCAUUAUAAAGUAGACGAUGCAAUUAAACUUGGCUGCCAGGGUUGGAUAACCGAGGCAACAGCCUAUAAUUCACAAAAGAUGUUCGACAAGAUGGGUUUUCAGUUACUUUACGAACUCAAAGAUGCUGAAUAUUUGGACGAAAAAGGUAAAUGUAUAUUUAAUUGCUCUGACCAAACAAAUUCUUCAAAGCUGCUAUAUUUGCCGUUGUGA